CUUUAUUGCUGAACUCUAAUUCUGCAGCUGGAUUUGUUUUGUUUUGAAACAUUAUAAAAUGUUAUUUACAGAUUCAAAUAGUUCUCAGUAGGAAUAUGAAUUCAUAUGUUGUUAUUGUGUCUUCACUCAGUGCAUGGUUGGCGGCCUAUGAGCAUCCAGUUGUGGAUUGCAUAAACCAGCGCAUAGAAGACAUCACAGGCCUCAAUGUCAAAACAGCAGAAGAGCUACAGGUGGCGAAUUAUGGUGUUGGUGGACAAUAUGAGCCCCACUUUGACUUUGGACGGAAAGAUGAACCAGAUGCCUUUAAAGAGCUGGGCACAGGAAAUCGAAUAGCAACCUGGCUGAUCUAUAUGAGUGAUGUAGCUGCAGGGGGCACCACAGUCUUUCCAGAAGUUGGAGCUACAGUAAAGCCAAUGAAGGGUACAGCCGUCUUCUGGUAUAAUCUGUUUCCCAGUGGAGAGGGAGAUUACAGCACGAGACACGCAGCUUGUCCAGUACUGCUGGGUAACAAGUGGGUGUCAAAUAAAUGGAUCCACGAGAGAGGUCAGGAAUUCAGGAGACCCUGCGGCCUGAAAGAGGUAGAUUGAGCAAACACCUCCACCAUCUUCCUCAUGCACUCCUCCCCCUGGACUCUGAAAACAUGAACAGCAACCUCCCUGCUGUUCAUGUCCACUGUGUCCGCAGCAGCCAACAUGUGACCUGUCACAUUUAUUUUUAACUGAAGCGUAUGUGUGUGUGUGUGUAUGUGUGAGCUAGCCUACAGUUACAUUACCUCUGUUAGUGCCUUUUGUCAUUGCACACCAGGGCUUCAAAGGAUGGAGCUAUUCCUGACAACACUCCUUUACAAACAGGCCUUUAACCAUUGAGCUGUAUAAUGCUAUCAUAUCAGCAUAUCUUCAACACUUACUCUGACUGACAGUCAGACCAAAGUGACAAAUGCGAGAAAGAACAUAAAAUGCUUGUUUGCAGUGUUCACUGAAUGAUAGGGGAUAAUAAAAAUGAUUUUUCCAAAAUGA